ACAUGUCACCAUACCUGUCACGUUCUAACAAGUACGUGAGUGCGAAAGUGACAGGCAUAGUGACAGGCGAUAAAAAUGGAACCAUGCUGCCACCGCAGGUCCCAAAUCGGCCGGUGCCGCAGCAGAGCGUCAUUCAAGAACCAGCAGAACCUCCAGCGCGCUAUGGACGUAGCUAGGAAGCUGGUGAUGAGGUCUCCCAUACCAGAGGGCUCUCGAGGUGCGUCAUCCAUCUCAAUGCCAGCUACCCCUGGCCACACCCUUCUGGAGCUGAUCAAGGAUAUCUCCGAGGAAGUGGGACCCACGCCUGAAGGAGGAUCCACGCCCUUAACGAAGUCGCCGUGGAAAUCACCUAGCUCCACCCGCACCAACAAUGGAGGUGACACCGAGCACGCCGCUGAAGUUUCCCACGCCAUCAGCGAAGCCCCCCUCGCCCCCCAAAUCCCCCGCGCCGACGGCCAAGUCCCCUUCGCGCCCUAA